AUGGCACCCGCUAAGCUCUCAAACACCGUUGCAGCGACAGGGAAAGACCUUCGCUCUUUCUUCGGUGGUGCUGGAAUCAUUCGCUUUUUCGAGACAACGCCAACGGGACGUAUUUUGAACUUGUUUUCUCGCGACACAUAUGUUGUCGAUCAAAUCCUGGCGCGAGUGAUCCAAAAUAUGGUACGCACGAGCGCGGUCUGCGCUUCUAUCGUAUUGGUCAUCGGGUUCAGCUUCCCGCCCUUCUUGAUCGCUGUCGUUCCGCUGGUGUGGUUUUACUCCAAGGUUACCGCGUACUAUCUCUCGACGUCGCGUGAACUCAAGCGUCUAGAUGCGGUGUCCCGCUCACCCAUCUUUGCGUGGUUCUCGGAAUCCCUGGCCGGAAUUUCCACCAUUCGGGCCUUCGACCAGCAAUCUGUUUUCAUUGCCAGCAACGCGCGCCGUAUUGAUCGCAACCAGUUGUGCUACCUCCCCAGUACUUCCGUCAACCGCUGGCUUGCAGUCAGACUGGAGUUUGUUGGAGCAAUCAUUAUUUUCGUCACAGAUGUUUUGACUGUCGCUGCCGUUGCGACCAGUGAUGUUGAUGCGGGAUUGGUCGGUCUGGUUCUGUCGUGGCUGUACUUCCGUCUCGAGGUAUUGCUCACUAAGCGACCACAGAACUGGUUCUCCUCGCUUUCAGCAGGUCAGAGGCAGCUUUUGUGUUUCGCGAGGGCGCUCUUGCGCAAGACUAAAGUGCUCGUUCUCGAUGAAGCAACAUCUGCAGUUGAUCUAGAUACCGACAGAGCAAUUCAAGAAAUUAUCCGGGGUCCAAUCUUCCGCGAUGUGACCAUUCUAACCAUUGCGCACCGCUUGAACACGAUCAUGGAGUCUGACAGGGUUCUAGUUUUGGAUGCUGGAAGGAUCGCAGAAUUCGAUUCUCCACAGAAGUUGCUGGAGAACAAGAGUUCCAUCUUCCGUUCUAUGGCGAUGGAGGCUGGUUUAGUUCAGGCCCAGCCUGAUGAUGAAGUGAAAGCAUAG